AUGGAGUCUCUGCGGCUGCUGUCGGCGGCUUCAUCGGACCGGGGCUCCCAGAGAUGCCGGCUGGGUCCGGGCUUGAUGUCGGCGCUGGGUCUGACUCUGGGCUCCCCGCUGCUGGUGUCUGUUCCCGGGGGAAGCUGCCUCUGCACCGCCUGGCCCCGGCCGGACCUGGCGGAGGGCUUCCUGCAGAUGGACCUGAAGUGCUGCUCCCCCGGUCUGAUCUCUCACCUCCCAGCCCACCUGAACCUGGAGCCCGGCCACCUCUCACCUGUGUCCUGCUCCAAACUGAAAGGUGUUAAAGUCUCUGUGGUGGUCCAGACUGUUGAGUUUAAGAAACACACACCUCCUAAACUGGUCCAUGAGCUGGUGAAAGACAUGCUGAAAGGUGUGUACGUGCACAGAGGCUUUGUGAUCAACCUGGAGGAGUUUGAUACAGAUAUCAGAUAUGUUGUCAUUGAAAGCAUCAAUCCAGACUCUGUCAGCGCUGGAAUCAUAACCUCAAAAACUGGUGUGGAGAUUUCUGGCCUCCAGACGGUCCGGCACUACAGGAGUCAGCUGCAGGACCAGGAGACGGUACCGCUGGGAGGACUGGAAGAGGUGAGUUCGUCGCUGAGAGAGAUGCUGCAGCUGCCUCUGCUCUAUCCAGACACCCUGAGCUCUCUGGGGGUGUCCUGCCCCAGAGGUGUGCUCCUGGUGGGGCCUCCAGGUGUUGGAAAGACCCUGCUGGUGCACAGAGUGGUGGGGGAGGUGGGAGCCAGCCUGGUGGUGGUCAGAGGGCCAGAGGUGGUGGGAUCACGGCCGGGUGAGAGCGAGGAGAAGCUGAGGACCGUGUUUGAACGAGCUCGAUCUGCAGCAGAAGAAGGUCCCUGUGUUCUGUUCUUAGACGAGCUGGACUCUCUGUGUCCGAGGAGGACCGGCUCGUCGGCACCGGAGAACCGCCUGGUCGCUCAGCUCCUCACGCUGAUGGACGGGAUCGAUCAGUCCGAUCGCUUCCUCAUCGUCGGCGCCUCAAACCGGCCGGACAGCUUAGACCCGGCGCUGCGAAGACCUGGAAGGUUUGACAGAGAGGUCGUUAUCGGUGCUCCCACCCUGCAGCAGAGGAAGGCCAUCUUAUCUGUGCUGUGUGAGAGGAUGCCGCUGUGUCCCGGUGUCAACAUGGCCGAGCUCGCACAAACAACCACAGGAUACGUAGGAGCAGACCUCAGCGCUCUCUGCAGGGAGGCCGCCAUGCACGCUAUACGGGAAAACUCCAAGGAUUCAGGAGAGCAGUCGGUGGGCAUGAAGCACUUCCAGGAGGCCCUGAAGUCGGUCCGUCCGUCCUGCCUGAGGAGCAGCCUGGGCCGGACGGAGCUCUCUGCAGUAACAUGGGAGCAGAUAGGAGGCCUGGAUGAGGUCAAGCUCAAACUGAGACAGAGUAUCGAGUGGCCCAUGAGGUACCCCGAGGCGUUCGUUCGUCUCGGUCUGAGCCGUCCUCGUGGCGUUCUGCUCUACGGACCUCCGGGCUGUGCGAAGACGACGCUGGUUAAAGCUGCGGCCGCCUCCUCCCGCUGCACCUUCCUGUCGGUCAGCGGGGCCGACCUCUACUCUCCGUACGUGGGAGACUCAGAGAAAGCUUUGGCACAGCUCUUCAGGCAGGCCAGGGCCUGUGCUCCCUGCAUCCUGUUCCUCGACGAGAUCGACUCUCUGAUCGGCUCUCGGUCAAACAAUCAGACGUCCAACAGCGUUCAGACUCGCCUCCUGUCUGUCCUCCUGAAUGAGAUGGAUGGAGUCGGUCUGAAGGCGGUGGAGAGGAGGGGGACGGAGAAGACCCUCCAGGCAGAAGGAGUGGAGGAGAGUCACGCACAGGAGGAGCUGGACUGCCUGGAAGUGUGCAACAAAGACGUGAUGGUCGUAGCCGCCACAAACAGACCGGACUGCUUAGACAGCGCCCUCCUCAGACCGGGCAGGCUGGACCACAUCAUUUAUGUCCCUCCACCUGACCAGCCGGCUCGUCUGGCCAUCCUGAAGGUUUGUACCAAGUCGAUGCCCGUUAGUUCUGACGUGUGUGUGGAGGAGCUGGCAGCAAAGACUGAGCUUUAUUCUGGAGCUGAUCUGGAAAAUCUGUGUAAAGAGGCUGCUCUUUUGGCGCUACUGGAUGAAAACAUGGAGGCUUCAGCGAUCAAACACACACAUUUCUUGCGGUCGCUCAGUAAAAUGAGUCCGUCUCUCACCGCCCAGCAGAUCCACACGUAUCAAACAGCUCCCAGAUGACAAACAGGACACGCGAUUAUGUUGUCUGCUUUCUUUAACUGUAUUAAAAUUCAAAUAAAACGAGUAAAACUUGA